CUUCCCAUUAAGAUUCAGGGGGACGGUAAUGAGCAGAUGGUCUUAAACAGAAAGUUAGAUUAAGAAGAAUAGAGAUAAACAACACAUCAAGGGAAAUGACUACGUAUAUUACACAGAGUUUGGGAAUAACCAUAUGCAGUCUUUUUUGUGUGUGCUUUUUUCAAAUCAGUGUAACUUUUAGGACCAUUGGAAUUAAUCCAGAGAUAUUGUGUGCACAGGAUGUAUUGGUUCUUAUAGAAAAUAUCAAUGGUCCUCUUUGCAAGGUACUCGGUGAAACACAAGUUAACUUUCAUAAUAUAACUCAAGAUGAAGGAAACUGUACAAUUCCGUGUGCUGUAACAGCUGUUGUUCGCGUAAAGAAGGAAACUGAUAAAUGUUCUUACUAUUAUACAAAUGGAUUUAACAAACCGGAGACUCCUACUGAGAAAAAAGAGGGAUAUUUCUACUUCUCAAAACAUAUUUGUUGCUAUAAUUUUGUACCAAAUAGAUAUGUUUACAUGGAAGGAAAAUGCGAUUUCAAUAUUUAUCGUAAGACAAAUGUGCAGUCUGGAAAAAUAUGCACUUCAGAUGAGCAAUGCUACAACACAAGCAGUUUACUUAGAUGUAUAAGGAAUCACUGUUCCUGUGCAGAAGGAUAUAUUGAAUAUCAUAAUCAGUGUAUUCGUGGCCUCUCAUAUGGUGAAGAAUGCCAAUUCAACGAACAGUGUAGUUUUUAUGGAGGAGUUUGUUCAAGAAACAAUACACAUGAUACAUGUUCCUGUAAAAUUAACCAAUUUUACAAUGCCAAGGCCAAGAUUUGUUAUGAAG